AUCCCCAACAAAUCCCCCAAAAAUCCGCAAAAAUUCCCAAAAAAAUUUCCCAAAAAUUCCCCAAAAAAUCCCCAAAAAAUCCCCAAAAAAUCCCCAAAAAAUCCCCAAAAAAUCCCCAAAAAUCCUCAAAAAAUCCCCGAAAAAUCCCUGAAAAAUCCCCAAAAAAUCCUCGAAAAAUCCCCAAAAAAUCCCAAAAAAUCCCCGAAAAAUCCCCAAAAAAUCCUCGAAAAAUCCCCAAAAAUCCUCAAAAAAUCCCCGAAAAAUCCCCAAAAAAUCCCCGAAAAAUCCCCAAAAAAUCCUCGAAAAAUCCCCAAAAAUCCUCAAAAAAUCCCCGAAAAAUCCCCAAAAAAUCCCCGAAAAAUCCCCAAAAAAUCCUCGAAAAAUCCCCAAAAAUCCUCAAAAAAUCCCCGAAAAAUCCCCAAAAAAUCCUCAAAAAAUCGCCAAAAAAUCCAUAAAACAUCCCAAAAAAAUCCUCGAAAAAUCCUUGAAAAAUCCUUGAAAAAUCCCCAAAAAAUCCUCAAAAAAUCCCCAAAAAUCCCAAAAAAUCCCAAAAAAUCCCCAAAAAAUCCCCAAAAAAUCCCCAAAAAAUCCCCAAAAAUCCCCAAAAAAUCCCCAAAAAAUCCCAAAAAAUCCCCAAAAAAUCCCCAAAAAUCUCCGCUUUCCCCCAAAGUCUCCGUGUGUUUUGUUGCUCUCAGGGUGAACGACUCCAUCCUGUUUGUGAACGAGGCCGACGUCCGGGAGGUUCCGCACUCGGCGGCCGUGGAGGCUCUCAAGGAGGCCGGGGCCGUGGUCCGGCUCUACGUCAUGAGGAGGAAGGUCCCGGCCGAGAGGGUGGUGGAGGUCAAGCUCAUCAAAGGGCCCAAAGGUUUGGGGUUCAGCAUCGCGGGGGGCGUGGGGAACCAGCACAUCCCGGGGGACAACAGCAUCUACGUCACCAAGGUGAUCGAGGGGGGGGCGGCGCACAAGGACGGGCGGCUGCAGGUCGGGGACAAGAUCCUGGCCGUGAACAACGUCAGCCUGGAGGACGUGAUGCACGAGGACGCGGUGGCGGCUCUCAAGAACACCUACGACGUCGUUUACCUGCGCGUGGCCAAGGCCACCGUGCCCGGCCUUGGGGACACCUACGGGCCCCCCGAUGUCACCGGCUCCUACUCAGCCCACCUGGACUCGGAGCUGCCCCCCCAGAGUUUCCUGGGCCCCGAGUUCCCCCCGGCGCUGACCCCGACGUCCCCGCGGCGAUUCUCACCUGGCCCCAAGGAGCUGCUGCCCGACGACGACGUGCCCAGGGAGCCGCGGCGCAUCGUGAUCCCUCGCGGCUCCACCGGGCUGGGAUUCAACAUCGUGGGGGGUGAGGAUGGUGAGGGAAUCUUCAUCUCCUUCAUCCUGGCCGGGGGCCCGGCCGACCUGAGCGGGGAACUGCGCAAGGGAGACCAGAUCCUGUCGGUGAACGGGGUCGAUCUCCGCGGUGCCACCCACGAGCAGGCGGCGCUGGCCCUGAAGAACGCCGGGCAGUCGGUGACAAUCGUGGCCCAGUACAGGCCAGAAGAGUACGGCCGUUUCGAGGCCAAAAUCCACGACCUUCGGGAGCAGCUCCUGAGCAGCAGCCUCGGCUCCGGCAGCGCCUCCCUGCGCAGCGACCCCAAACGAGGAUUCUACGUCCGGGCCCUGUUUGACUACGACAAGGCCAAGGACGUCGGGUUCCUGAGCCAGGCGCUGAGUUUCCGAUUCGGGGACGUUCUGCACGUGCUCGACGCCUCCGACGAGGAGUGGUGGCAGGCACGGCUGGUGCUGCCCCCCCAGCAGCCCCCCGACAUCGGCUUUGUGCCCAGCAAGCGCCGGGUGGAGCGCCGGGAGUGGACGCGGCUCAAGGCCAAAGAUCGGGGGCCAGGGGCUCAAGGUCGCGAGGACGCCGUGCUGAGCUACGAGCCGGUGACGCAGACGGAAGUUCACUACGCGCGGCCGAUCAUCAUCCUGGGCCCCACCAAGGAUCGCGUCAACGACGACCUCCUGUCGGAAUUCCCGGAGAAAUUCGGGUCCUGCGUGCCCCACACGACGCGGCCCAAGCGCGAGUACGAGGUGGACGGCCGCGAUUAUCACUUUGUGGCGUCGCGGGAGCGGAUGGAGAAGGACAUCCAGGGACACAAGUUCAUCGAGGCGGGGCAGUACAACAGUCACCUGUACGGGACCAGCGUGCAGUCCGUCAGGGAGGUGGCUGAACAGGGCAAGCACUGCAUCCUGGACGUUUCGGCCAACGCCGUGCGGCGACUGCAGGCGGCGCAGCUGCACCCGAUCGCCAUCUUCAUCCGGCCCAAAUCCCUGCAGAACGUGCUGGAGAUCUCCAAGCGCGUGAGCGAGGAGCAGGCGCGGAAAGCGUUCGACAGAGCCACCAAACUGGAGCAGGAGUUCACCGAGUGCUUCUCAGCCAUGGUGGAAGGCGACACUUUCGAGGAGAUUUAUCACAAAAUCAAACGAGUCAUCGAGGACCUGUCGGGACCUUUCAUUUGGGUCCCGGCCCGGGAACGACUUUAG